AUGAUUCAUGAGUGUCGGUAUAUAGAUACAAAAUGCAUUUGUUUGGCAAAUGUCGUCGGUCUAAAAUGCCAGAAUAGUGAGACGGAUAUCUAUCAAACACAACGUGAAUGGACGCAUGGGACGAACCAGAGGGAAGCAAGAAGCAGGAGAGCGAGAAGCAAAGGCCAAUUUCCACAGCCAGGGGAGGGGGUAUGGUAG